AUGCAGGCCGGCAAAAUUGUUAUCACAACCAAAGGCGUCGACGCCAAGCUCAUCAAUCGGCUACUUCUCUACGUAAGAGAUUGGGAGUUUGGAUUUCAAGGUUCUUGGGACAGGCAGAGAAUCCUUCGAACCCGGGAUGAGGUCUUCGCUGCCGAUCUACCUGUCGACGUCCCUCCUGUCCAUGAUGUCGGCGACGGGAGGGCCGCAGCCAGUGAAUCCUUUGAAAAUCAGUGGGAAGGCCUCUCUAUUGAAGAAGUAGAGAAGUAUAUGCUUUCUCACGAUGAAGGAGGAGACAACACCAAUCUAAUCUUGGUCCUCGACGACAAAGGGCGGCACGAUCAGACGCUCAUCGUGGCCAUGAGGGCCUAUAACCCAGAUGAAGAUACGUUGUAUCUUCCCGAGUACGACAAGGUUCGCGUCCCCUGGCAGGAGGUGCACAGCAUGUGGACCAACCUUGAUAUGGCAAAUAUGAAUUUUGACGAGUUUUGCGACGAAGAAAUUGGUGCAGAUGGGAAUCGUUGGUGGACCUACAAGCCGACAUUUGAUGAAGAUCACUAUGCCGGGGUUGCGGAUAAAAGGGAUCCUGCCAUCAAGGAACUCGAAAAAUUGGACAUGGCGUAG